CGUUACGCCGCUGGACCGAGGCUGCUCCAGGAGUCAUGGUGGGGUCGGCAGCCCAAGCCGCGGCCGUAGAAGAGCGGCGAAAAAAGCUCCAGGAGUAUUUAGCAGCCAAAGGAAAGUUAAAAUGCCCAAACAUCAAGCCUUAUCUCAAAGACCAGAAACAGUGUUCAAAUCCACCAACCUCUAGAUCUACUGCUAGACCCAAAAAUGAUGCAGGGAGAUGGGCCCAGUCUCAUGCUGGUGGGAGACCCACUGCUAACGUGCUCCAGCCAGGAUCUUCCAAUGUCAAUGGAUCCCAAAGGCCAAAGCCAGCAGCAGCAAAAAUUCCGAGGAAAGGACCAAUUACAGGCCCCCCUUCCUCCGAGCCAGACUCUAAACUCCCAGGGAAUACCCACAUCCACCCUCCGCAGAAAGUGGCAUCUUCUACUGCGCUUAAGCUGACUAGAAAGCCUCUGCCAUCAAGUGAGAGCCAGUGUAUGAGGAGGUCCUCAGAGCAGGAGACAACAGCAAAUCACAGAAUUGCCGGGUGGAUGGACUCUGUGCCCGAGCUCCACACUGAAAACCAGCUCUUAGAUGACUUUGCAAAGGAGACAAACAAAGAGAACUGGCCUCUCCCAGCCACUGUGGAACUAAAGAGGAAACCAGAGUCUGGGUUUUGUAACACAGCCAAAUCAAAGGGCAAUCCGCACAAUCCCAGCAAAAGAGGUCUGGCUCCAAAGCAAGCUGGGGACAAAGGUGCCAAGAACAGCGACCUUCGGAAAGACCAGGUUAACAAACCACUUGUUCACAAGAUUCAAGCCUGGGUUCCCGCAGGAAAUUCCCAGCAGCAGCUCCCCAAGGGGGCAGGUUGUGAAAGACCAGGAGACAAACAUCCAAGGACGGUUCCUUCUCAUCUGGUUCAGAGCCUUGCCAGGACUCAAGAAUCAAAGAAACUAGUAACCAGGAAAGAGGUUGGAAAGGUCAACAAAGAUGAAAAAGAAGGUCGCAAUGGAUCAAAGUUACAAGGAAAUGCUGUCAUUAAACAGACUAUCGAAAGAAGACUCCCAAGGACAAAUUCAGCGGUGCCACAGGUGGGAAGGUUCAAUCGAUGUGAAAGUGGUCAGCAAGAUCUAAGGCUGAUGCAGCCUUGUCCCAAAAGGAAGUCAUCUGUAAGGGUGCUGCCAUCGAGAACCACGACAAGACAGCCUCACCUGAUGUGUGGCACCUCGAAAGGCCACACACAUGGACUUACAAAGAAUCAGAGCAAUUAUAGCUUGAAAAAAGAGCCACAGACUCUGGACUCUAAGACCAAAAGGACUGUGCCCUGGAAUUAUUCUGUGAGAAGCUUGAACCCCACAGCUCAACCCAGUGUCGGCUUGACGAAGCCGACCACAAGUGAGAGAGGAAUGAGGCAGCCAGCCUUGCUGGAGGCACCCAGUCCCCAGGUCCAGCCAAAUACCCAGAAGAAAAGAGGCAAGGAGGACCGAAGGAAAAAACUGGAAGAAUGGCUGGCAUCCAAAGGGAAGACCUAUAAACGACCCCCGAUGAAGUUUCUCGCACAAAACAAGAACAUGCAGAAAUUCAACCUUUCCUUCUGGAAGAGCAUAAGAGAGGAGGAGGAGGAGACGAAGACAGCAGAGCUGGACCUUUCCAACAAAAUUAAGAGCUCCCUGGCGGAGUGCCUGAAGCUGGUGGAAGAGGGCGUGCACUCCGAGGAGAUCCUGGCUAUACUCUCUGGCUUUCCCGAGGCAGAAAAGUUUGCCACAUUCUGGAUCUGCAAGGCCAAGCUACUGGCGAGUACAGACAGCUCGGAGGUGAUAGGACUCUACGAAGCCGCUGUUCGCUGUGGGGCCGAGCCAAUACAAGAGUUGCGCGAUGUUGUCCUCAGUAUUCUGAAAAGCGCCAAGAGAAUAACAGAAGGAAUCACCAGUGAAAUUAAUUCUACAUCUGUGAAGGAGGUGGCAAAGGAAGAGACAUCCCAAGAAUUUGAUUUUCUCCCUCCAAGAGAGAGAGUCCAAACUGUAGCUGCUCCCCAAACAGCCAAGAAGUGUAAAGACAAUCAUCUGAUGCCCUGUAUCAAGUUGCAGAUCACCCCCUUGCCAAGAACUCCUGGAAUGCCUGAGAAACAAGACGUGAAGCUCAUCACUCCUGUGCGGCGCUCCUUGCGCAUCGAGCACGCGAGGCCUGCUUACCCCGACGCACUUCAGGAGCACAGCACGGUGGUGGCCUCCCUUGACGAGCUGUCCGGGGUGACAGAGGCCGAUUGCUUCAUCUACUGCAACAACGAGGCUCUGCCGGAGGAGACCGAGCUGCAGAUCUUUGGGGCAUUGUAGCUCCUGGCUCUCCUGGAAAGGGGCUCGGUGCGUCAGAAAGCCCCGGUGGGAGCCCUCCCCUGGCUGGGCCAGAGCUUCAUCCUAAGGGACCUGGAUUCAUUGAGUAGUGUGACCCGUGCCCAAUACCUAGCACAAGCUUAGACUCACUAACAAUUGAUGAGGCAGGACUGGAAAAUAUCUGACCCUCGAGUCAGUAUUUAUUUUAUCUUUGCUAUUGCUGAUGAUACCAUCAGUGCCCAUCAACCCGAGCGCUGUAAGCUCGGCCUGCACUUUGUAUCCAUUUGUCAUUUGAUCCUCAACAGCUCUGUGAGGGAGAAUGAUUGUACCCAUUUUACAGAUGAGAAAACAGGCUUGCAUUAAGUGGUUUUCCCAAAGUGACGUAGUGAAGGGGCACAGCCUAGGAUUCAAACCUAGAUGCUCCUGCUUCCGUUCCAUUGUGCCUUCUGGCAUGCCAUGAUUGCAUUGUUUUCUGUGAUUCCCAACUGCUGGCAGAGGCAGAAGGCCAGGUUCUCUUGGCAGUCCUACAUGGCCAUGAAUCAUGGACUAGAACAAGCACCUACUAGGUGCCGAGCUCCGUGCCAGAUGCUCAGGAUACAAAGGACCUUGUACUCUGCCGUCACCACCUUGGAAGAAUCAGAGCUACAGAGAAUGCAAAGGGCAGUGGAACAGUGCCUGGUGCAGCAUAUGCCCAAGAGGUAACAAGACACACGUGUGGCCAGGAUGGACAGCCCCGAGAAUGAGGGAGCAGGCGUGAACGGCUGCAUCUGAACAGCAGCACAUCGGAAGGACAAGAGCACGGCCUCUGGGCCACAAGGGCACCAGUGAUGGAAAGACAUGGACCAGAGGUGCCCAGGGAGGGACGGCACCCUGCAUUAAGGCACAGCCUGGUGGAAGCAUGUGCCCUCACCUCAUGGGGGUGGUGCAGAAGUGGGUCUUGGAGGGGCCUGGCAAGCGUAAAACUAUUAGCAUGGUGUAGACCUUCGCAAUCAUAUCCAGUAGUACAAAAGGUAUGGAACUGAGAGCUGAGAGACAAGGGUUCUAGACCCCCAGAGUCUGUAGAGAGACACAUCUAGAACUGGGAGCUGAGAGACGAGGACUCUAGACCCCCAGAGUCUGUAAAGAGACACAUCUAGAACUGGGAGCUGGAGACGAGGGUUCUAGACCCCCAGAGUCUGUAAAGAGACACAUCGAGAACUGGGAGCUGGAGACGAGGGUUCUAGACCCCCAGAGUCUGUAAAGAGACACAUCGAGAACUGGGAGCUGGAGACGAGGGUUCUAGACCCCCAGAGUUUGUAAGGAGACAUGUCUUCAUUUCUCUGUGGAGUGAGCAGGGAGUUGAGUGAUGAUCUAGUUGAGCUCCUUCAUUUUACAAACAAAGAAAUGUCUUUAGAAUGGCUGGGAUCCUCGAUUCUGAGCCAGAAGAGAUCUUGGAAUUCUAAUCUAGUGAGGAAACUGAAGCCAAGCAACUUAAGUGACCAAGGUCACACCGAGAGCCAGGAUUUGAACUCGCUUCCUCUGCCUCCAACUCCAGCACCCUUUCCAUUGUAACUUUCCCAAAGGCGCCCAGCUAGUGAGUAUUUUCCAAGCAGGUCGCAGAAUCUCAGAGCUGGAAGGGACGAGAAAGGCCGUCUACUCUGAGCAGUACAGAAUCAAUGACAAGGGGUCCUCUAGCGUCUCCUUGAAACUCUUCCGUGAGGGGAGCCUGUGCCGAACCACGGUCAGGUUUCCUUGGAUGUUGUCAAAGCUUAGCUCUUCACAUCUCUUGUUGUCAUUUUGUUCUUUGAGUCCUGCCCACUCAAUAAGCGUGUGUUGACCACCUCCUACGCAGGUGCACUUCACGUAUGUGAAGACAAUGAGCGUGUUCCUGCCAGUCCUCUUCUUCAGCUUAGGCAUCCCCAGUUCCUUUGACCAACCCUCAUACGGCAUGUUCUCCCUUCCUCCUAUCAGUCCUAUUGACCUCCUAUUCAUGUUGAUCUAUGCUCUAACCGAAAUGAGGCACCAAGUUUUAGCACAGUAACAGUAAAUCUGGCAGGGCUUAGCGCAGCUUAGGAGGGUGCUGGCAGUUUUGUGGUGACAAAAAUAACUGUUGACCUCUUGAGCUUGGAGACCGUAUCUUUUUUAGAGGCGUUAUUGCCUAGUCACCCAUCACUGGUGAUCCUUCCAAUAGGUGAUGAGUGGUGAACAAGAAUGUUGCACUUUAUGUUUAUCUUGACUAAACUUCCUUUCCAUGGAUUUUAUCUAUUGUUCUAGCUUGUUGGGGUCUUUUUGGGUCCUGUCAUCCAGAUGUUACCUACUCCGUCUUUCUUCAUGGCAUCUGAAUGUUUGAGAAGCCUCGCUUCUCUGCGUUUAUCCAGGUCACAGAGAGAUAAAAUGUUGGCCAGCACAGCACCAAUGUAGUGGAGCCUUCCACUAGAGGCCUCCCCGGACAUUUACACGAGUCCACUACUAACUGUUCUUUGGGUCUCAUCAUCCAGACAGAACUCAGUCUGCCCGACUGGACUCUCCUAGAGCCCCCACUUCUUGGUCUUGCCAACACGCUGGCACAAGAGGCCUCAUCAAGGACUUGAGCGAGAUCUGAGUUUACUGCAUGUGAACUAGCAUUUUCCUAGUCUCUCUCUUCUUCAGAUGGGACCACAUUUGCCCUCUCCAGCUUUGCAGCAUCUCCCUCAUGUUCUAGGAUCUGCAAAUUUCCCCAAUCCCUAGGAUUUCCUUUGGGCCCGGUUGCUUGAACUCAUUAAAGAGAGCCAGAUACAUCUGCUCUUCUCACUCACCUUGAGUUUUGACUGUCUGCUCAUUUUUUCUACCCUUCCAUGACCAGAAGCGGAGUAUGAGUUAAUUAGUUCAGCCUUCUUUCCAUUUUCUGUUAACAUCCCAUUCACUUUCCAGCAGCUCUAUUCCUUCUCUGAUAACCUCUUUUGCCUCCAACCCCCAUUUAUAAUCUUUGGCAUUCAUCAGUGGCCUCAGCUCAUUCUGAGCCUCCAAACCCCCAUUUAUAAUCUUUGGCAUUCAUCAGUGGCCUCAGCUCAUUCUGAGCCUCCAACCCCCAUUUAUAAUCUUUGGCAUUCAUCAGUGGCCUCAGCUCAUUCUGAGCCUCACCUCUGUUCAUACUACUCCUACAGGCCUGUGGUGCUCUAUUGUAUUCAUCCACAGUUACUUGUCCUUGCUUCCCACUUCUGGGUGGGGCUUUGUACAAUUGUGUGUGAGUUCCCAGUGUGUUCACAUCAGUCUUGUAGGCAGCUCUUCAUUUCCACGCUCACUCAGUGCUGCCCUCUGCUUGUGUCUUCAGAAUUUCAUUCUUGAGAACCUUUAGAUCUCUCUUGACUGAAUUCUCCCCGAGAAUAUUGGGUUGUUGGAGCCGUCCUAUCCUUUCUCUGAACCCCUUUCAAAUCUGCUCUGCCAAAAUGCAUGGUUCGCUGGAGAGUAUGCCUGGCUGUCCUCUUAGCAGGCAAAUGAACGAAAGACUAACGUUAUCUGGCAUCCCAAUAUCACAAUUAUGAAUGUUUGCCUCUUCAGCCGUCCAGAGUGGUAUGUCCACAAUCACAUGAUAGUGAAACUUCAGACAAUCUGAAUCCCACUGCCACUAAACCUUGUGUUUCUCUUUCCAGGGUUGGCAGAAGUUAUCAAGAAGGUUAAAAAAUAGGAUGCUUCUCCAAUAUUAGAAUAGCCCCACUGACCACGUGCCUGUCUUAUUACAAGGCCAGGUCUCACCUAGCAACGUAAAGCACAGAAUCAAGGUCAGGGUCGUUGGGCCCAAAUUCCAGCUUUGCUUUUAUCUUUGAAACUCAGUUGCCAAUCAUUUGGGGACUUCGCUUCAGUCAUCUGGGCCCUGGAGACUAAGGGAACCUUUAUUAGGGAGGAAAGAUUUUAUCCCAAAGAUAAAAUUUUUGUCAAAUAUUUGCAGGUUCUACUGCAAGAGAGCUUAUCCCUGUAUAGGAAGCCCCAAAUACAGACAGAAAUGUUUGUGUACUAUCAAAUACAUACAUGCAUACACAUAUAUAUUGUGACACUUUUGCUACCUUAUUAUAUUCCUGCACCUUGUAAAAAGGCCUCACUGUAUGAGGAGGCCCAUCCUAUAGAUUUCUUUGUGUGAGUUAAAGACCCCAUGUAGGCUCAGGCCCCCAAUGUGUACUUGUGGUACCCCACACAGCAGAGCCGCAGACUGGCUGGUGCCCGUAAGGCUCAUGAGCUAAUUCUUACAGCUAGGGGUGAAGAGGAGGGACCAGAAUGGUCUUGGUGCUGCCACUGCCCACAAAUACGGUGCCUGGGGUUGGUAUGUGAUUAUGUGGGUCCAGGAAACAUACAUCCCAGGGGGACUGAAUUGAUACUUGUCAGGGGCCAAAUGCAGCCUCAUCUAGUCCUUCCUGGGACCAGCCAGCCAUGGAGCACAUCUCCUUAUGGGUAUCACUGAAUAAAAGUGAAGGACAUGUGGGAGAGUGUGGGAUAAGUGACUUCUGUGCCAAGGGGAGUAUGGUUGGUCCCCUCGGGGCAGAUUUGGAAGCAGCAAGAGACACACUUCUUGCUUUGUGCUCAACCCUGAGCAUGAAGCUGCCUGCUCAGCCAGGGGCUGUACGUCCCCCUACCCCACCCCACUAGAGCCAAAUCCAGUCUAUGGGAGUGGAUGAGACAUGGCAAUGAAUUUAGGCUAUGAUUGGGUCCUUCUGGGCAACUCAUAAUAACCAGCAUUUAUAUAUAGCAAUGUCUGGUUGGUGAGAAGCACUUUACAGACAUUAUAUCCUGCUCUGGGAUAAAAUGAAAGGAGAACCAUGUAAAUAUAAUGUAUAGAGGGAAUUGUGGCAAGUGUAUGUAUUUGUUUUGCUGAACUAUGCUUCUUAUAAGGGAGAGUUCUAUUGGGGG